AGAGAGAGAGAGACGCACAUUGGUGUCCAAACUUUGCGCACACCGUCUAGAGUUUUUACUUCAGCCUUAAUCUAGCCCUCCCCCUGAGUCUCGGUUUGCGUGCUGGCCGAUCAUGCUCAGCGAAGAAGAAAGAAAAGAGGAUCAAUGAAAAACUGGCCUGAAUGUGACUCAUAUAAAUUAUACGUCUGUCAGUGAUUUACUGACCGGGAGCGCGCUCCUCCGGGCUGUGCUGAAUCUAUGCUUCACUCAAAGCCAUAACAUUUGCGAUAUAUUUUGCUUCAGGGGAACUAAUUGAUAACCAGUGUGAUGGAUAGCCACAUAUUGAGAUGGAUGAUAAUGUGUUUACUCCUGCGGCAAUCGGCUCCGCAGCACUCCGCGCCUGAGGGUGUGCUUAACUGCUGUGAGGGCGAUAUUCUCUUCUUGGUGGAUUCCUCUGGGAGCAUAUCAUCCUAUGAGCACUCCCGCAUGCUCUCCUUCCUGUCAGAGCUCCUCCUCCCAUUUUCACUAGGAGAGGACCAGGUGAGGGUAGGACUCCUGCAGGUGGGCACCAAACCUCGCCUAGAGUUUGGCUUUGACAGACAUAAAACCCAAAGUGGCCUCCAGGAGAAUUUGAAAAACAUCAAACCUCUCAGGGGAGACACUAACACAGUGGAGGCACUGAAACUGGCAAAAGACUGGGUGUUGGGACCUGGAGCGGCAGAUGGGGCCCAGGUUGGGCUUCCAAGAGUCUUGGUGUGGUUGACUGAUGGAGUAGACCCAGGAGAUGUGAUUGGACCAAUGGCUGAGCUGCGGGACAAGGGUGUGGCAGUGCUGGUGGUCUCCACUGGACACACCAACUAUCAGGUGUUGCUACAGGUGGUGACUCCACCUUUGGAGGACCACCUGCACUUUGUGGACAUUGAUGACAUGAGCAUCAUCACAGAAGACUUCCGGAAUGCCAUCAUUGAGAUUAUCCGAGCUGAGCGCAUGCACGCCCGAGACAUCUCCGCUAAUUCUGCCACUCUUCAGUGGCGACCCGUUCUGUCUGGUUUGCCGGGUUACUAUGAGAUCCGCUUUGGUCAGGUUCCGACAGGAGUGGCGGGGAGUGGAAGUGGUGGAAGUGGGACCAGUCCGAGCACUGGUGGAAGUCAAUACCAGAGACUGAUUGAGCCUGCAGACUCUAGCAGUGUCAGACUGACAGGCUUGAAGCCUGACACCACUUAUACGGCCACACUGACUCCAGAGUCUAAUGAGCAAGCAUUUAACACACUCUCUGUCACCUUCACAACAAAGCAAGAGAUCCUGAGUCCAUCUGAUGUGUCAGUAUCUGAGUCUGGGCAAACCAGUGUUCGGGUGAGUUGGGGUCCUCUUCAACCAGAGGCGAUCAAAGGUUACUACAUUGAGUACUCUGCCCUGCCCAGGGGCAAGCUCCAUACAGUCACAGUGGACCGGACCCAAAACUCUAUUUUGCUCAAAGACCUCGAACCAGACACCACAUACUUGGUCACAGUUACCGCCCGGCACGCCUCAGGAAAGGAGAAGUCUAUGUCUGUCAAAGCGUGUACUCAAGAAGUGAUUCCAGCCCUGGCAGACCUCCAGCUGACCACCAUGGGAAGUGAUUCAGUGCAGGUUGACUGGAAGAGCAGCAAGGAUGGUUUGAGAGGGUACAGGGUCACCUGGGAGGGAGAGCAAAGCUCUGUUCCUAGCCAGCGAUCUUUCCUCUACUUACCACCUGACUCUCUGUCCACACGGCUCACACACCUUCCUCCUUUAGCAAGAGUGUGUGUGUCGCCUAUUUACCGGACUGCACAGGGAGAGGGCCUGUGUUGCACAGCCCAGUUUCACUCAGAUGCAAUAACAUAUGGCUACCAGUCGUAGCACCCCAGAACUGCAAAUGUACCUAAUCAAACAUGGUGGGAGGAUAAUAAGAAGAAUGCUGACUUCCCUCCAUAAUUCUUUUGCGUGCCUCUCCCCUCUGUGGACAUCAUCCAGGAGAGCUGUGUGGUUUGGCUUACUGAGCUCUCAUGUGGAAGUCAUAGACACUUAAGAGCAAUGUGGGACAUAUGGCCACAUGUUGACUGCUCCAAUCUGCAGCACAGAGGAUCAUCUGCUUAUCCAUGUUUACUGCGUUGUCUGGUUUCAACCUGUAGUCACUCUAAGGCACUGUAAGAUAUUCUUUUGUAACAAUGCAAGCCUAAGAUUAAGAGAUGGGCUGGCCUGUUAUGCAGACUCAGAGAAGAGCACAAUAUGAAUGUCAACAUUUUGUGUGGUUUGUUUUGGAGAAAGGCUUUGCACCACAUAUGCCAUGUGCUCAGGGCAGCAUAUUUUUUCAGACCCUGCUGACACAGAGUAAUUUUAAUGCACAUCUGCAACAAAUCCUUCUAACUUGUACUUAAAAUACUUCUCUAUUACCAAAAGUUUCACAAAAUACAUUGAAUGGCUCUUUAUAAACACUGGAGUGCAUCAAGGUAACAUUAAGAUAAGGUUGGGGAGAUUAAAUGGUAAAUGGAAAUGGACUGUAUUUAGUUUUAGUCUUAUUCAGAUUAGGAUCUUCAGGAUCACUUUGAACUCUCAAGACAGCCCAUGAACCAAAGCGAUGGUGUAUAUGAUACAAAUGAGUGUAAUUGAGGGUGACUUUGUAUUGAAUAUAAAUCCAUAUUUAUUUAUCAUUUAUUAUGUAAGUAUGAGAAUUAACUGUUUCCAGCUUGUACAGAUUUACAGUUUACAUUGCAAGACUGCUACCCUUUUACAGCUUGUGUUUGCUGCCCCCUCCUGUAAGGAUCUGUACUGCAUACUGACAGAAGAACUUUUUUGUUGACUACCAUUGAAAUCACAAGCUUUCAAUAAAGUAAUUUAAUAA